AAGACAAAAGAGAUACCAAAAUCAAGGUGGGGCUCCGGGUGGGUGAAAUAGGUCGUUUGUAGUGGCAAAAAGCGCCAAAUCGAGUUGGGAAGACGAAGAAAAGAAAGUGAAACUUGCAAGAAAUUCCAUUCAUAAUGUAUUUGGUCGAAUAAUCUGGUCUCUGGACGCCCAGAAACUUCCCUUCCAACUCUUUCGUAACAGGCUGAGAUUGGAGGGAACCUUUUCCUUUUGGCAGUAACCAAAACUGAUAUAGUAAUAACAAUUAAUUGAUUAAACUCUUGAUGGAUGUUAAUGGGGGUAGUGAUCCUUAUUAUUUGCUGCUCACUGAUCCCUUCCUUUCGAUUGUCGACAACUCCCUCCAUCACUCUAAAUACCUCUUAGCUCCUGGAGGCGUCGCACUGCAAAGAGCGUUUAGCUGCUUUUCUAAGCUUGCUGGAGCCUUUGUUUUUUGGUUUUCCGGUGCUUCCCAGAUUAAAACUAAAGUUCAUGACACUCACAUUUCUAGUAGCUCCAUUGGACAACUCAAAUACAUUACCCCCUCUACUAAACUCAAACACAUUACUCCAUCCUGCUUCACAUUCCCACAAGAAUCUUUCGCUAGACUCUUUGGUCAUAAGUUUUCAACAUUCUCUCUCAAACAUUUUUUUAGAGUAGCUGACAAUGUUCAACCAGUUCCUGUGCUUUCACUGGCUGCUGCCCUCAUACCACCGCUUGAUCACUUAACUACAAGCUUGUUAGCUAUCCCACCUGAGGAUGCUAAUAUACCAAUGUUGGGAUCCCUGGAUAAAAGCCCUUGCAAUGUUCAGCAUCGAGAUUGUGUCGGUCAUGCAUUUCCAGAGUUUAAUUGGGAAAGACAUGCAGUGGAACCCAAAACGGGCAUUGUAUUUCCUGGUGUUUUAAACAGCAUACUAGCCAAGGACAACCAAUCCAAUUUGUCAUCAGAGGUACUUGUUGGAACCGGAUCUAGGGUUCUGACUAUUGUUCGAAUUAAAUCCUUGAAGGUCUAUGCCUACGGCUUUUAUGUCCAUCCUUAUUCUGUCUGUCAGAAAUUGGGUUCCAAAUAUGGUUCUGUUCCAGCCGUGGAUCUCAAAGAACGCCAUGAUUUCUAUGAGGAUCUUCUUAGGGAAGAUAUCGGGAUGACGGUUAGACUUGUGGUUAAUUACAGUGGUAUGAAAAUUGAUACAGUUAAAGAUACGUUUGAGAAGUCUCUCCGAGCAAGAUUAGCCAGGACAAAUCCAGAAACUGAUUUCAAAUGCAUCACAACAUUUGGUUCCUAUUUCACAAAAGAUAUUCCAUUGCCUGUUGGUACAAUAAUUGACGUCAGAAGAACUGCUGAUGGACAGCUGAUUACCGAAAUCGGAGGUAACCAAAUCGGAGCAGUGCAUAGCAGGGAAUUGUGUAGGGCCUUUUUUGACAUGUACAUUGGAGAAUUUCCUGUCUCAAAGCAAGCAAAAGAAGAGAUCGGAAAAAAUGUUGCUUCUAUUAUUAGAAGAUGCAACUGAGCUAAUUUACUUUUCUGGAUUAGGAGCCUAAGCCACGGGUUUCCUCUGCGUCUUGACCCUGCUUAUUUCAAUGGGUUCUUGAACGACUGAAAUACACGUCGACGUAGUGCUACAAGAAUUUAUACUCCAGUUUGUGUGGCUUCUGGCAUUCAUCUUGGGCAUCUGGCCACAGUAGUCAGGUGUGCGCCUUUGCCCAACAUGUCUUGUAUAGUGAAUUUUAUUGCUGGUUUUUCAGUUAUAUAUGUAAAUGAUGAAACAUAAUGCAGCUAAUGAUGAAAUAUUAGGCUAGCUUUUUUAAAGCUGGGUAUUAGAUAGUAUUCCUUUUCUUAA